AUGCUGACGGGCGACGACCGGAGGCUGGAAGCCAGGGAAGCAAGGCCGGACUGCGCCACAUCGGGUGAGGAUGUCUGGGGGGCUCCGCGAGCACAGGGCCAGCCGACCCCGGAGACCCAGGCGCGGGCUCCAGGCGUGGGAGGGUGGCUGAGGCUAGGUGUCCAGGCCUUGCGCUGCACCGGAUCUGGGCGCGCAGAGGCGGCGCGGCGGUGUGCCCUCCUAAGGAACGCAGAGAAGGCCGCCGCCAGAGGCGGCGGCCCAGCGGCCGAGCCCAGGCUGGGAGACUUGGUUCGUCGCGUCCUCCGACUGCUCCUCGGCUGCCUCCUCACCGAGCUGUGCGCCCGCGAGUGCCCGGCGCAGGAGCGAGCGGGGCACGGGCAGCUGGCGCAGCUGGGCGGCGUGGUAGUGCUGGCCGGGGGUGGGGGGGGGGCCCGCUCCGGGGCCGCCUGGGGAGAGGCCGGCGAGGGCGCGGGGGUCUCAGACGAGCCCCCUACCCGAGCGCCCACCCCGGACUUCUGCCGGAGCUACUUCGAUGUCAUGGGCCAGUGGGACCAGCCGUACUCGGGAGACUUCAUCUUCUGCUGCGGGACUUGUGACUUCCGGUUCUGCCGCCUGUUUAAGAAGCGACUGAGGCAGAGCACCUGCACCAAGCACGACACUCCGCUGUGGCUCGACACCCGCAAGCCCCCCCCCCACCCCGCGCGCAAGGACGACCCCCUGCACCACCCCACGAAGGACAAGACCACCCUGAUCCUUUACAUCGUCUGCGGGGUGGACGCCAUUGGGCUUGUAGGCAUCUUCACCAAGCUGGGGCUGGAGAAGGCGCCCGGGCGGCAGAGGGAGCACAUGUCCAGGUGGGCUGCAACCCUUUCCCCCCACCCCCCGCCUCCCCUCCCGGCGCCGCUCUCCCUCCACCUUUCCUCUUCCUUCUCCACCUUUCCGUGGGCAAUGGCGCGACCCCCACCGCCCGCACCUCCGCUGGGAGAGGUCGCCCGGGAAGCCAACUUUCGCUCCGAGCGCGGAGAGGGGGCGCUGGGCUCCGCACGGGUGAAGGAAGAGUACCGAGGCAGGACUGCGGCAGGCGACCACGGGUGUCGCCUUGUGUUGGCCUGGGUGAUGCUAAAGAACUCUUGUCCAGCCUUCUAUUUUGCCGUGAGCUUGGGUAUAAAUUCUCCUUUAAUGUCAGGUCCUGCCCCAGUGAGGCAGGCCUUAGGACAGUGUGCCUGUGCCUUUGAAGAGGCACAGAUUUCUUUCUGUGAGGAUGAACAAGGCCCUGGGGCGUGGGGAGUCAGACUUCCAACCUGGACAGUCUGAGGCCAGGGCACAGGUCCUUGACCACUAGGCUGCACGGCCUUUGAGGGGACACGUGCAGGACUUCCGUGCUCUCAGAUCACAAAGAAGUGCUUGCUGUUCUGCAAAUGGCAACACGUGCAGGGGGGCCAGUUCCAGGAGCCGCUGUAAGACCAAGACCAGGAGUGUUUCCUGCAUCUGCCCCUGCCAGGGCCAGUGCCCUUGGAGGAGGCAUUGAUGAGAAAUGACCUUGGGGGCAGGAAUGCCUGUUUAACGCUCCAUACACUUGAGGCUGGGAGGGAACACAUGCCAAUUAUUUUGCCCACCUUCAAACAGAAUCAGAAAUCCAAGUGGCACAUUACACAGCACAGUGUCCUGGGUGCUUUUCAAACACAAUUCAGAAGAGCUGGAGUCCCUUCUAAAGAAGUGACAUCAAGCGAUAAAUGUCUUCCCUUCUUUUGCCUUUUCUCUCUUCCUCCUGCUUCCCCUUUUUCCUGCAUGUCUGUGGUUACCCUCUGGCUUUGACCAGCUCCCCAGCCUGGAGAAACUCUUGCAGGCACGUCUCC